AUGGCCGAAGGCCACAGAGGGACACAGGAGCAGAUCUUACCUGGCUCCGGACUUGCUAGAAAGAGGAAGUUGGCCGCCAAACAGCGCUAUAUCUUCCGGGGCGAGGUAACCCACCGGAAAAGGGCGCAGUGGUCGAAUCACAGGAUAGUCCCUUCACCGUGCACCUUGGGAAAUGUAGUCCACGAAGGUCCUCCUCUCCCCUCUCCGCCUCUGGGCAUUCCGGAGCUGGGCUUCAGCUCUCUCAUGGAGGAGUUAGGCACCCUCCCUCCCACACCACUCCCAACCCUCAACCAGAGGGCGCGUGCGCACAUCCUGCUGCCCGUAGUGGGGCGACUGCCCGGCUCUAGGCGGUUGCUAGGACCUUUGCUGCCCCUCCUGGCAGGUCUGUCGUGGUCGCGGGCUUUUGUCCCUAAGGGGUCUGUUAGAGCCCGGGGGCGGUGUCGGGAGGGACGUGUGUCCGGGACUGGGUUCCAUCCAGCUGCCUCAGAGGUGAACAGAACCCCAGCGUGGCUGCCCGUUUCAGUUCCAAAGCCUUUGCCCCGUGGGGGUACCGGGACUACCGAGCUGCCUGUUUGGUCCUCUGCUCCGCCCAGAGCAGCCCUGUGCUCCGAUUGGGCGGUUCCCCGGGGGCGGGAGGACGGGGCGGUGCACUGGGUCUGGGUCAGGGGCAAGGCUAGUGCUUGUGCAGUGACAGGCCCCCGGUCCCAUUCUUUCCACCCCCGGCGAGGUUUGCGAUCCAAGCAAACGAAUCCAUACAAGGAUCAGGUGAAGAGAUUUCGGCAGUUAACCCGAGGACGAGGGAUAUUAAGAGUUAUGCCUAAACUUAAUGUGAUCUACCUUCCUUCUAAGUUUCUGCUUAACCCCAGUAAGGGUAGCCUGGGAGACCAAGGGAUGGCCACCAAGCUCUUGCCAACUGGGCCUCAGGCAUUGGUGACUUUCGAGGAUGUGGCUGUGUACCUCACCCAAGAAGAGUGGGGCCAUCUGGGCCCUGCGCAGAGGGGCCUCUACAGGGACGUGAUGCUGGAGAAUUAUGGCAAUGUGGUCUCACUAGGAUUUCCGGUCUCCAAACCUGAUGUGAUCUUACAGCUAGAACAAAGAGGAGAACCAUGGUUCCUGGACAUGCAGGAAGCUGAAGGUAGAGAGAUCUUAAGAGGUCACAGUGGUUUUUGUAGCAUUCCUGUGUUGUUUAUGAUUGUGAAACCAGGACUAAGAUCAAGAACUUGUCACCACAACAAGAAAUUCCAAAGGGAAUGGAAUUCCAUGGGGAAAUUGAAGAAACAUCUUUACCACGAAAGAGAUGUUAGCCCAGUGAAAAUGAUACACAAGAAAAUCCUCACAGGGCAGAGUAGCAAGGAAUGUAAUAAACUUGGUAGAAGUUUCAGUCUGAACUCAAAUCCUAUCACACAUAAGAGAAUUCAUAUAAGAGAAAACUCCUGUAAAUCUAAUGUGUAUGAGAAAGCAAAGUUUAAGCAGAAUUCAGUCCUUAUUGAAAAUCAGAAAAUUUGUUCUGGAGAGAAGCCCUAUGAGUGUAAUGAAUGUGGGAAAAGCUUUGGUGCACAUUCAUCUUUUCUUCAACAUUAUAAAAUCCAUACUGGGGAGAAACCCUAUGAGUGUAAUGAAUGUGGGAAAAGCUUCAGUCAGAGCUCUCACAUUAUUGAUCACCAGAGAAUUCACACUGGAGAGAAACCCUAUGAAUGUAAUGAAUGUGGGAAAACCUUCAGUCAGAGCUCUAACCUUAUUCAUCACCAAAUAAUUCACACUGGAGAAAAACCUUACACUUGUAAUGAAUGUGGGAAAGCUUUCAGUUACCCAUCAGUGCUUAUUCAACAUCAUAAAAUUCAUACUGGAGAGAAACCAUAUGUAUGUAAUGACUGUGGAAAAGCUUUUAUCCAGCGCUCUAAUCUGAUUCAACAUCAGAGAAGUCAUACCGGAGAGAGACCUUUUGAAUGCAAUCAAUGUGGGAAAGCCUUCAGCGUGCGCUCAUCUUUUAUUCAACAUUGCAAAAUUCACACUGGAGAAAAACCCUAUGCGUGUAAUGAAUGUGGGAAAGCCUUCAGUGCACGCUCAUCUUUUAUUCAACAUAGAAAAAUUCACACUGGAGAAAAACCCUAUGAGUGUAAUGAAUGUGGGAAAGCUUUUGGUGCACGUUCAUCCUUUAUUCAACAUUGCAAAAUUCAUACUGGAGAGAAACCCUAUGAAUGUAAUGAAUGUGGGAAAGCCUUUGGUGCCCGUUCAUCUUUUAUUCAACAUUGUAAAAUUCACACUGGUGAGAAACUCUAUGAAUGUAGUGAAUGUGGGAAAAUGUUUAGUGCCCGCUCAUCCUUCAAUCGACAUAAGAGAACACAUACUGGAGAGAAACCCUUUGAGUGCAAUGAAUGUGGGAAAACUUUCAGUCAGAGUUCUAACCUUAUUGAUCAUCAGAGAAUUCACACUGGAGAGAAGCCUUAUGAAUGUAAUGAAUGUGGCAAAGCCUUUAGUCAGCGAUCUAGCCUUAUUCGACACCAUAAAAUACACACUGGAGAGAAACAUUAUGAGUGCCAUGAAUGUGGGAAAGCCUUCAUUCAGAGUUCCAAUCUUAUUAAACACCAGAGAAUUCAUACUGGAGAGAAACCCUAUGAGUGUAAUGACUGUGGCAAAGCUUUUAGUGACCGUUCAUCUUUUAUUCAGCACCGAAAAAUUCAUACAGGAGAAAAACCCUUUGAAUGUAGUAUAUGCAGUAAAUCCUUUAUCUUGAGCUCUAAUCUUAUUAAACAUCAGAGAAUUCACACGGGAGAGAAACCUUAUGAGUGUAAUGAAUGUGGGAAAACCUUCCGUGCACGCUCAACUCUUAUUCAGCAUCAGAGAAUUCACACUGGAGAGAAACCCUAUGGAUGUAAUGACUGUGGGAAAGCCUUCAGUCAACACUCAAACCUUAUUCAGCAUCAGCGGAGUCAUACUGGAGAUAAGCCAUGUGACAAAGCUGUCACUUAA